AUGCCAGGGCCAGAUGAUGAGCUGGAAUGUCAGAGUGCGCAGCUGCAAAGCUUCCAGAGUGUUAGCUUGCUCCAGGUCACAACCCACAUCCGGGGGGAGCAACUUUUGCCACAUCUGACCGUCAAGCUGCUCAUCGUCGCGGUGCCCUUUUUCAUUGCUGCUUAUUGGGUCUAUGCCUACAGAUCCCCGAGAGCGAGCCUUCAGAAGAGAGAGUCGGGCAUGUCCGGCAGCAUGCUCUUAGCCCUGGGAUCCACUCUGCUCCUUGAUUUUUUCUGCACCGACCAGUACCAGCCCAGCAUGCCGGACAUGGCAGAAGACUUUGGGGUAAAACCGGUGGAGAUGGGUGCGACGAUUCAAGUCCACUUGUUCACCAGCGCCGUCUUUAUGCUGCUCUUCGGCCCUCUGUCCGAUACGAUCGGCCGGCGCCCGGUGAUUCUGGGCGGCCAAGUGCUCCUGGCCAUAAGCACUCUGUGCUGCGGCUGCGCCGAGACCUUUCCCUGGUUUGUGAUGGGCCGGAUCUUUCAGGGCAUUGCAGCUGCAGUGACGCCGGUCAUCCUCUCCACGAUCCCGGAUUGUUUCACAGACAUGGAGGACCGUCUCCGUCACCAGGGAGCCCUUGGGAUGCUAAUGCAGCUGGGACCGUUAGCUGCGCCUGCAGCUGGGGGCUUUCUGGCUGACGCGUUCGGUUGGCGGUGCCCCUUCUUCCUGCUCUCCGGACUCUCCGCCCUCCUGGUGAUCUUUAGCCUCUUCGUCGUGGAGGAAACGGCGCCUGCGACCGUGGAUGUGAAGUAUGUGGCUUGUGCCAAGCGCACGCUGGGGCACUGGUCCAGAUGUCUGAUCCUUUGUGGCUGCCUCUUCAUCAAGAGCUUUUUCGAUGGUCUGGCUGCCAGCAACGGCUUCGUCUUGCGCCGGGACCUGCACCUGUCUCUUCACGGGGCCUCUGUCUGCAUCACCCUCAUGGCCUUGGCUGGUGCCCUGGGGUCCUACGUCCCCGCGCGGCUGCCCUUCGGACCCCUGGAAGCUCUGCAGGCUUGCAUGGGACCGUUGCUGCUCUCGGCUGUCUGCCUGGGAGCAGUCGGCGUGCUCCGCAGCGAAAGCCUUCCAUGGUUCAUGGGUGCCACCUGCUAUGCAGAGGUUGUGAUCUGGACUCCUUAUGUCUCGGCGCUCUGCCAGUUUACCGAGGGCAUUGAGGACAUCGCAGGCUCUGCUGCGUCCCUGCUCACGGCCCUCUCCUUCCUGGGAAGUUCCUUCGUCUCGCUUUCCGUGGUUUUUCUGGCACAACGAGAGGGAGCCGGCGGCUUCCUUCUGGCCUUGGGCGCUUUGCUGCUCCUCACCGCCAUCAGCCUCUGGUUGGGCCCCCUGCGAAGCAUCGAGGUUCCGGAGGAGGGAUCUCCAAAAAGGAGCCCUUUGGCGAGCGCGCUGACGCCCGAAGGGUACAUCGCCGCCCUAGCCGCAAAGGGAGGGGACUGCAGCCCCAGAAAGGUGCGUGCACGGCCACCGGAGUCGGAUUCCCCCUAG